UGGCACUCGGGAAACUGCUGCUGCGCGGCAAUAGAAGAUGGCCGAGCGGUGUGUCCCCACUCGACAAAUGGGGGAAUGCUGCCAGUGGCGGCAACGUCGGCGAAGUGGGAGAUGAUGUGCACAAUAUGAUAGAUCCCCCGUUAGAAGCGGACGAGGAGUAUCCAUCGUAUGUGCAACCGAAUGAGAAGAACAGCUGUACAAGGUGGGCCGAAAGCUGGGAAAAUGCAAAUGUAAAGAUAAAGGAUAAGGAGGAAAAAGAAAAAAGAGGUUACAAUGCUACCCCCCCAGUUAGUGAUAACCCAGCGUACACAGUUCCCUACAGAUACAAAGUGGUCAUUCCGACGAGACGAAAAAAGGGAAAACUUAUUUCAGAUGUGAAUAAGCAGAAUAGAGGAGAGAAAGGCAAAGGAGGAGCAUCCUCAAAUGAACCCAACGACCCUGAGGAAAACAUAAAAGAGGAAUACAGUCGAGAUGUGAGCAACCAACUUAGUUACUCCGAUUUCGUAGGGUUCAGAAAUCCAACCCUAGAGACAGUGGACAACUACAGAUACUGGCAAGAUAGUGGAUUCAAAAAAUUUUUGCAUCGAACCUUUCCAAUAAAAUUACCUGAACAUAGAACAUUGAAUCCAUUGUUGAGAGAGUAUAUUUACUUUCUUCAUUCCUUGGAUCCGUUUCGAUUUUCCGUAAAGAAGCUGAGCGAGAGGUACUUCCUCUCCCAGAAGUGUAUCCAAUCUAUUUACAAGGAGGAAAGUGUCAAGCGAUUUCUUCGAGAAAAUCAGUUAUGCGAUGAACAGACAAAACGAAUUAGCAAAAAGGAAGCAGUCUCAAAAAUUAAAGAAUUGAUUUAUGCUAAAAAAUUAGGUUACAAGGACAUUGGUGACUUUGAGAACGUCCAUAAUGAAGAGGAUCAAUUUCAGGGACACAAGAACACCUUCGAUGUUAUUAAUAGGCAGGUUAUUCAGGUGGAGUCCAUCAGUGCCUUUCCAUUGCCUGACCGGCGGGACCCCGUGCCCAAGCGCGUGGACGUCGACAUCCCCGUGGCGAACUCUGCCAACGUUAAAAUUAUGAACUGGGUCAACCCGAACGACAAGGUCGUUUUUU